AUGCGACCAAAGAAGUUAUCUCCGAAGUUCGUCGGACCCUAUCAAAUACUAGGGAAGAUUGGCCCAGUAGCGUACGAGCUAGCCUUGCCUCCUCAAUUGUCCAACCUUCAUCCCGUCUUCCACGUUUCCCAACUCCGGAAAUACAUAGCAAAUCCCUCGCACAUAUUGGAGCUAGAGGACGUUCGUCUUCGUCAAGACCGAACGUUCGAGAUGAAGCCAGUCCGUGUUGAAGAUGUCCGCACCAAGUACUACAAAGGAAAAACCGUUCGUUUAGUGAAGAUGGUGUGGGAUGCAAAUACUGGUGACUCAACGUGGGAAGUAGAGGACGCCAUGAAGGACUUGUACCCUCACCUAUUUCCUGAGGGAGAAGCGUUGCUUGAGGAAACGCUGGAAGAAGAAAAUUUGGAGGAUGCAAACCUCGUGGAUGUUGAAGUGAAGGCCGAGCCCUAG